AGAUAUCUGGCUUUGCAUGGAACACAUAUUAAAGCGUUACCUGAGCUUCCACCUUCGCUGAGGUCUCUAACAACACAUGACUGUGCAUCACUAGAAACCAUGAUAUCAACCAUCAAUAUCGGCAGAUUAUGGGAUGGAUUGAAUUUUGCAAAUUGCUUCAAAUUGGAUCAGAAACCACUGAUAGCAGCAAUGCAUUUGAAAAUUCAGUCCGGAGAUAAGAUCCCAUAUGACAGAAUUCAAAUGGUUCUACCGGGGAGUGAAAUUCCAGAAUGGUUCAGUGACAAAGGAAUUGGAUCUUCACUCACCAUACAGUUGCCCUCAAAUUGUCAUCAGCUCAAGGGAAUUGCUUUCUGCCUUGUCUUUCUACUCCCUCUUCCCUCCCAUGAGAUGCUUUAUGAAUUCGAUGAUCAUCCUGAAGUUCGCGUAUAUUUUGAUUGCCAUGUUAAGAGUAAAAAGGGUGAGCAUGAUGGUGAUGAUGAAGAAGUCUUCGUUUCCAAGAAAAGCUAUAGUAUGUUCAAUUUCUUGAAGACAUGUGACUCAGAUCACAUGUUUCUACACUAUGAGCUCGAAUUAGUAAAUCAUUUCCGUAAAUAUUCUGGCAAUGAAGUUACAUUUAAAUUCUACCAUGAAGUGGACAACGGGAGUACGAAAGUAGGUCAUGAGAUUCGAAAGCCUUGCGAGUUGAAAAGCUGUGGUGUAUAUCUGCACCUUGAUGAAAAUCUACAGGCCGGCACUUUGUUAAGGAUCUUCCUUAACAAACAAAAGUUUAGAAGAAAAUUGAGGGAGAAAUAGAAGAAAUUGAAAGGGGGAGAGAGAGAGAGAGAGAGAGAGUUCUGCAAUUACUGCAAAUUGUUCUUCAAGUAGUUUUCAAGAUACCUGUACUAGCUGCUUCUUCUGGUACUACUAACUUUCUGCUGUUGUAAUCCUUCUCUAUGACUAACUAACUUUGACCUUACCCUGCAAUUUGUAACACACUUAUUGAUGAGGAUUUGAAGCAAGUAGUUCUGAGAAGGAUUCAGUUUACUAUACGAAUUAUGAAUGAUUAACUUUGUGGGGUAAUGCAUUUGUAAUUUUAUUUUCUUAUGUAUAUGUAGUUUAAUAUGACCACUGGUAGCACUGAUUGUUUAUAGUUUA